GGCGAGAAGGGCUCUACACACUAUUUGGGAUCGAGCCGGACUCCCACCAGGAGGAGACUGAAACGCUCUGGAGAAGUCACUCCUCUGAGAGCCCACGUGCCGCUGAUCUGUCGCUGCCUUAAGGUAUCUGAACUUAUCUAACUGAUGGCAGGAGACGGCCACAGAUAACCAGGGGGAACAUUUAAGUCUUCUGUCUCUCGAGAAGAAAAAAACUCCUCAAUUGUGACGGACAUUUUAGAAAACAGUCCCGUAUUUAUACAAAACUAUUUUUUUUUAAAACAAUGGCGUCCUACAGCCCCGCCCGAACACAAGAGGAGAACAAUGGUGGCCCCCCAUCUGAGACAUCUGAGGGCCCAGGGGAGUCCAUGAAGCUGAAGAAGGAGAUCACCCUCCUGAACGGGGUCUGCCUGAUCGUGGGGAACAUGAUCGGCUCGGGGAUCUUCAUCUCGCCCAAGGGCGUCCUCAUCCACAGCGCCUCUUACGGCCUCUCCCUGGUGGUGUGGACCGUCGGAGGGAUCUUCUCCGUGUUCGGGGCCCUGUGCUACGCCGAGCUGGGGACCACCAUCACCAAGUCGGGGGCCUCCUACGCCUACAUCCUGGAGGCCUUCGGGGGUUUCCUGGCCUUCAUCCGCUUGUGGACGUCGCUGCUGAUCAUCGAGCCGACCAGCCAGGCCAUCAUCGCCAUCACGUUCUCCAACUACAUGGUGCAGCCCGUCUUCCCCACCUGCAUCGCUCCAUACGCCGCCAACAGGCUGCUGGCUGCUGGCUGCAUAUGUUUGCUGACCUUCGUGAACUGUGCCUAUGUAAAGUGGGGCAUGAGGGUCCAGGACUUCUUCACCUACGCCAAAGUCAUCGCUCUCAUCGCCGUCAUCAUCACCGGCCUGGUGAAGAUCGGACAAGGUCACACGCAGAACUUCGACGGCCUGUUCGAAGGCUCGUCUCAGGACCCGGGACACAUCGCUCUGGCUCUGUACGCUGCUCUGUUCUCCUACUCGGGAUGGGACACCCUCAACUUCGUCACAGAGGAGAUCAAGAACCCAGAGAGGAAUCUGCCGCUGGCCAUCGCCAUCUCCAUGCCCGUCGUCACCGUGAUCUACAUCCUGACCAACGUGGCGUACUACGCCAUCCUCCCCAUGAAUGCCAUCCUGGACAGUGACGCCGUGGCUGUGACGUUUGCAGACCAGGUGUUCGGGGUCAUGAACUGGACCAUCCCCUUGGCUGUGGCUCUCUCCUGCUUCGGAGGACUCAACGCCUCCAUCCUGGCAUCCUCCAGGUUGUUCUUCGUGGGCUCCAGAGAGGGUCACCUGCCCGACUACCUGUGCAUGAUCCACAUCCACCGCUACACGCCGGUCCCCGCCCUGCUGUUCAACGGCAUCAUGGCUCUGAUCUACCUGUGUGUAGAGGACGUCUUCAGGCUGAUCAACUACUACAGCUUCAGCUACUGGUUCUUUGUCGGUCUGUCCAUUUUGGGGCAGCUGUAUCUGCGCUGGAAGCAGCCGGACAGAAAGAGGCCGCUGAAGCUGAGUCUCUUCUUCCCCAUCACCUUCUGCGUGCUCUCGGUCUUCCUGGUGGUGGUGCCGCUCUACAGCGACACCGUCAACUCCCUGAUCGGCAUCGGCAUCGCUCUGUCGGGAGUGCCCGUCUACUUCCUCUGCAUCUACACGCCGGCCCAAAAGAGGCCACUCUGGCUACGCAGCAUCAUUGCUAAAUGCGGCGUGGUGAUUCAGAAGGUGUGCUUCUCCGUCCUGACGGAGAUGGACAAACACGAGUAGACGCUUUGCACCGGCCUCGCUGGACAGAACAUUUGUGCUGGAGCUGGACACAGCUCUCUGACCUGUCAAUCACCACCCGGUGGUCGUAUUAAUGAACGUAUGAAUGUUGGCGCCCGGGUGCUCGUCUCACUGAAGAGAACAUUUUAAUGCAAUCAACACCUGUUCACAGAACUGUACGUAUUAGAGAAUUAUUUAAUUGAUAUCAAGACAAAGUAUUUUGUGUGAAAUGACAUACGUGCAACAGCUUUUGCAAUUUAUUAUUCUGGUUAAAUUGUUUUAGUGGACAUAAGAGCAGCUUUAAAACACUUAUUUUUAUUGUUAUUUUCAUGAAGGAAAUCAGAUUAGAAUAUUAUACAUUUUAUAUUAUAUGUUCCCACGUCCACCAAUGUGGAGGAAAGGGUUCAUACAAGGUUGUAUAGAGUCAGCCAAGAGGUCUCACGAAGGGCUAUUUCCUGCAGCGUCCGACUCAAACACAGGCUGUGAAUUGUGAAAGACUGAAAACAUGUAUUUAAUUUUAAAAAAAUCCUAUUGACAACACAAAUGUACUCUAUUCUCUUUUUUUGCUUCACGGAUGUGUACAGGAAAGUGAAUUAAGAUAUCGUGGACUCAAAUCACAACAGCAAAUCGGUAGUUUUGAUGAAGACUUUACAUUUUAAUUAGAAUACAUAAAGACCUGCAUCCUGUCCUCCAAUCCAUAAAUAUUUACAUUAAUCCUUA